AUGGACAGAGGGUGGAAGAAGAUUAAUUCGUGGAGUAGUAAAUGUUUAUCGAAAGCGGGGCUUGAAGUGCUCAUUAAAUUGGUUCUUCAGGCUAUACCGAAUUAUUUCAUGAGUAUAUUUACCCUGCCUUCUUCACUAUGUGAUGAGAUUGAAAAAUUGAUGAACUCCUUUUGGUGGGGUCAUUCUGGAGCUCGGAACAGAGGUAAACAAAGUUGGCGUAUUUUGACUAGUCCCAACAUUCUGAUUGCUAAGUUAUACAAAGCUAAAUAUUAUCCAAAUUGUAGCUUUCUUGAUUCUAUUCUUGGUCACAAUCCUAGUUUUGUUUGGAGAAGUAUUUGCAACUCCAGAUUCUUAAUUAGAGCGGGUUUUAGAUGGAGGAUUGGUGAUGGUAAUAAUAUUCCACUUUGGAAUGAAAAUUGGCUUGCUGAUGCUCUCCCUCUUGAACCAAUCAACCAUAACAAUCUAAUGUAUUCUGGUUUUACGAUCUCUGACCUUAUGGAGAAUGACUCUAAGGAUUAG